AAUUUUGCUCAAAUGUUAAAAUUCCAUUUACCGGUGAAGAGGCUAGUUACAAACCUUAUCAAUUUAGUUUGUUAAGAAGAAUGAGGGAUGAUGUUAUGUAUGACAUUGGGAUGGUAGAACAUUUACAGAUUACAUACGAAAAAUGGUCGUUUAAAUUAGAUUUUCGUACCGUUCUUUUAUUCUUUGAUCCAGUUAUAGACAAGAUUAUUGAGUUAAUUGAAGCUCAAUUAGAUAGCGUUGGGGAUGUUUCUGCUAUGUUUUUGGUUGGAGGAUUUAGUGAAUCUAUAUAUCUUCAAAAAAGAAUCGAACAAGCUUUUGAGGAUAGAGUGGAUAAUUUUAUAGUUCCAAUUUCUCCCGGAUUAUCAAUCCUUAACGGUGCAUGCAAAUAUGGGCUUGAUAUGGAAGUUAUAAAAACGCGAGUAUUAAAAUGGACGUACGGUGUAAAAAACCACCGUGAUUGGAAACAAGGUGACCCGCCAUCACGUAAUACGCGAGGGUUGAUAUACGAAUUUCAACCAAUGGUAAAGAAAGGUGAAAAAGUAUAUGUGGAACAACGAUUUAGUCAUAACAUAACCCCAAUACCUGACCAAGAGUUUAUGGAUAUUGAAAUCUACUGUACGAAAAAAAAUGAUGCAGUAUAUUGUGACGAACGUGAAAUGGUAUAUUUAGGCAAAGUUAUCGUUCAACUAUUCGAUAAUCCCUUGGGCCCUCUAUGUAUUUCAAUAUGUUUUGGUCAAAUGGAGUUGAUUGCUAUCGUUACAAAUGAGGCAAAUGGGUAUAUGUAUAAGAAAGCUUUUAAUUUUUAUGUCGAUUUGUAA